CCACACAAAAAUCACCAAGAAAACAAUUGAAUCAGUACGCAAUCAGUAAUCAAGUUCUUCAAUCUCUCCACAUCAAAUAUUUGAGUAUGUCGAUCGUCUCAAGCUUGUUCGGUGGCCGAAGGAGCAGCGUCUUCGACCCCUUUUCCCUAGACGUUUGGGACCCAUUCAGAGACUUCCCCAUUUCGUCUUCCUCUGAUGUUUCAAGGGAAACUUCUGCGUUGGUAAACGCCCGUGUGGAUUGGAAGGAAACGCCAGAAGCUCAUGUGUUCAAGGCGGAUCUUCCAGGGAUCAAAAAGGAAGAAGUGAAGGUGGAGGUAGAAGACGGAAACAUCUUAAAAAUCACCGGUGAGAGGAACAUCGAGAAAGAAGAUAAGAAUGACAAAUGGCAUCGGGUUGAACGAAGCAGUGGCAAAUUCACAAGGAGGUUCAGGUUGCCGGAGAAUGCUAAAAUGGAUCAGGUGAAAGCGGCCAUGGAAAACGGGGUGCUUACAAUUACGGUGCCCAAAGAAGAAGUGAAGAAACCCGAUGUCAAGUCUAUUGAGAUCUCUGGUUAGAAUAAUUUUAUGAAUUUAUUCAUAUUAUAUCUUCAUGUGAAGUCUUUGAGUGUGAUUAAUUUUUCUGGUGUCAAGUCUUCAUCGUGUUUAAUGAAAUGUCUAUCAUAAGUUGUA